AUGUCUGAUUCCAAGGUAUCGUCUGUCAUCCAGGAGUGGACCAGCCCAUAUGCGGGACAAACCCAUUCCCACUCCCACUCCCACUCCCACUCCCACUCCCACUCCCAUUCCCAGUCCCUAAACCCUACCAGUUCCAGGCCGGUUGAUACAACCGGCCAGAUGGCUCAGAUGGACAUGGCGAUGUACAGCCAGUCUAAUGGAUAUGUCAGAGGGUGCAAUGAAGACCGAAUGGCCGAGCACAUGAUGGGACAGCCCUAUCUGUCCUACGCAUCACCACCUUGUCUCAGUAACAAUGCAAGCACAAGCAUCUCAAACCAACAUCAGAGUCACAUCACAACACAGCAGGACUUUACUCCCUUCUCACUGCCCCCUACCACUAUAUCUCUGCGUGCCCCUAUGGCAAAGAGGACCAUCAGCAAGGACAGCACAGAGUAUCGCAUGCGACGGGAGAGGAACAAUAUCGCCGUGAGGAAGAGCCGGGACAAGGCUCGGCGGCGAAUCCUUCUGACUCAGCAAAGGGCCAUCCAGCUGCAGGAGGAAAACCAGAAGCUGCAGUUACGGAUAGGACAGCUCACACAGGAGCUGGACACUCUCAGACACAUCCUGUCACAGCGUCACCUGCAGGGGACAGACGACAGAGCAGCAGGAGAGCCAAGAUGCUGA